AUGUGUGAAAAAUUAGAAGAACGUGUUGGACAAGGGGAGUUUAAUAUCUCUCCGUAUAUCACGCUUUGUGCUUUGGAUAUCAUCUGCGAAACAGCCAUGGGUAAACAUCUAAAUACACAGACUGACAACAGUUCUCAGUAUUUAAAAGUUCUACAUCAAGUUUGUGAGAUGAUAGUGAAACGCUUUAAAUCCCCAUGGAUGUGGCCGAAUUUACUCUUCUACCUUUUCGGAGAUGGUCGUAAAUUUGACAAGUACCUCAAAAUCGUUCAAGGUUUUACAAAGAAUGUUAUUGAAACCCGCCAAAAAGAAUAUAAUGAAAACGAGGCAAAAAUGAUGGAAGACGAAGUAGGCGAUGCUGACGAAUCAAAUGUUUAUAUCAAGAAAAAAAGACGCGCAUUUUUGGAUUUGUUGCUUUACCACUGGCAUCGAGGUGAAUUGACGACAGAAGAAAUCCAGGAGGAAGUUGAUACAUUCAUGUUUGCGGGACAUGACACAGUAUCAGUUGGCAUGACGUGGGCGAUUUACAUGAUUGUUUCUCAUCCUGAAGUCUACAGAAAAGUUAACCAGGAAAUCGAUGAUGUCUUUGGUGAUUCAAACAGACCAGCUAUGCUCGAAGAUCUGAAGAAAUUAGAUUACAUGGAAAUGGCUUUGAAAGAGACGUUGAGACUGUACCCGUCAGUGUCAAUUAUUGGAAGGAAAACAACGGAGGAACUUGAUAUUGAUGGUUACAAAAUUCCUGCAAAAUACAGGGUAACUUUGUUCAUUGGUGGUCUACACAAAGACCCGCAAUAUUUUCCUGAACCACUGGUUUACAACCCAGAUCGAUUCCUACCCGAAAAUAUAAAAGAAAGACAUCCUUAUGCAUUCAUACCUUUCUCUGCUGGUCGAAGGAACUGUAUCGGUCAGAAGUUUGCCAUGGUCGAAGAGAAGAUUUUGUUGACUUGGAUAUUCCGAAAAUUUCGAGUGGAGACAACUCAGGUAGAAGCAGACAUUCACCCGGAAAUGAACCUUGUGUUGAGACCAAAGUACGGAGUAAAGGUUAAAUUAUCAAAACGCUAA